AACCUUCCUUGCUCACAAACUUCACAUAACAUAUUUUUACUAAUUUGUUUUUUUUUUUAAUUUAAGAAAAUGUUUAAAUUGCUCUUUCUGUUGGCUAUCUUAAUGUUGAGCAGCGAUGGCGCUGUUCAAGAUUUCUGCGUGGCAGACUUAAAAGCACCGGAAUCACCUUCUGGCUAUUCUUGCAAAAGUGUUACAAAUGUAACAGUUGACGAUUUCGUGUUUUCUGGGCUUAGUGCUGCUGGAAACACAGCAAGCAUUAUAAAGGCCGCAGUUACCCCAGCAUUUGCGGCCCAGUUUCCAGGCCUUAAUGGGCUUGGGCUUUCUGCAGCCCGUUUAGAUUUGGCCCCAGGUGGUGUGAUCCCAUUUCACACUCACCCUGGUGCUUCUGAAAUUUUACUUGUAGUGCAAGGAUCAAUUACUGCUGGAUUUGUUUCAUCAGCAAAUUCUGUUUAUUUAAAAACACUUAAAAAGGGUGAUCUAAUGGUUUUUCCACAAGGAUUAUUACAUUUUCAAGUGAGUGAUGCUGGAUAUACUUCUGUCGGUUAUGUAUUCUUUAGCAGCUCUAAUCCUGGACUUCAGAUUACUGAUUUUGCAUUAUUUGCUAAUGAUUUGCCAACUAAGUUGGUUGGGGCAACAACAUUCCUUGAUGAAGCAACAAUUAAGAAACUUAAGGGUGUGCUUGGAGGUACUAAUUAAGCAACAAUUGCAUUCUGUUAGCUGUUAAUCCUUUUAAUUCUGUUUUUGGGUAUUUUUAUUGGGUCUGUUGUAUUUUUUCUCUAAGGUUGUUUUGUUUCUUUUAUGUUCUGUUUGUUUGGAAAUGAACUAAACAUUUUUUUUUCCGAGUA